AGAAUCAACAAUUAACUUUGAGUAAAUAAGCACAAUAAAUUAUGGAAAUGAGACAUCGUCUUUGGCAGCUGCGCUAAAGUCCUGACAACUUUCUCAAGAGUAAGCAAGUCCGUGCCAGGAAGCCUCUUCGCUCUCCCACAGUCCUCAAACUGGCAGGAAGGAUUUGGCCAGCGGCCAAGAGAAGGGAGAAAGGAAAACGAAAACGGGUUUGGACAGCAUAAAAAGGGCGGCAGAAGGCAGGAGGAGCCAGUCUCCCCUCUCCCUGACAGCCCUUGGAGCGACUUCUGCUCAGGAUGAUCCUUGCUCCACGCCUCGUGCUCUUCCUCCUCCUGGCAGCUGGGCUCUGCCUCUUCCAAGCCCAAGGGAUGUUUUCGUCACAGGACUGUUGCGAGGCGACCAGAGACCGGCCCAUCUCCAUCAACCAGCUGUGGAGGUUCAAGGGUUACGCAAUCCAGGAGACGAAGGGUGGCUGCUCCAUCAAGGCUUUUGUGCUCAUCACCAGACAAGAUCGCAAACUCUGCUUCCCGCCUGACUCCUCGGUGACUUCUAAAUUUAAGGACGCCCUGGAUAAGAGGGAAGCCAGAAACAAGGCGAAAAAUCUGCCUAGGAGGAAAGCAUUUCCCUAAGACUGGAUCCUUCCCAGGCUGAGCUCCAAAGGAGGUCCACCUCCAGC